GUCCACGAAGGAGAUGAAAGCCAUAUGGUGUCUGACGUAACGUCUUCCUCGCAGUCUCCAUUUUUCAAUAGCGCAUGCUUCAGUGGAUAUUUUAUCAGAUCCCAAAAUGAAUCAGGAAAAAUUGGCAAAACUUCAAGCCCAGGUCCGGAUAGGUGGGAAGGGAUCUGCUCGUAGGAAGAAGAAGGUGGUACACAGAACAGCGACAGCUGAUGACAAAAAACUUCAGAGCUCCCUUAAGAAAUUAGCUGUCAAUAACAUUGCUGGAAUCGAGGAGGUGAAUAUGAUCAAGGACGACGGCACCGUGAUCCACUUCAACAACCCCAAAGUGCAGGCAUCCCUCUCCGCCAACACCUUCGCCAUCACCGGCCACGCUGAGAACAAGCAGCUGACGGAGAUGCUGCCGGGCAUCCUCAGCCAGCUCGGAGCAGACAGCCUCACCAGCCUGCGCAAACUGGCAGAACAGUUCCCCCGCCAAGCUCUUGAUAGUAAGGCUCCCAAGGCUGAAGAUAUUGAAGAAGAGGACGAUGAUGUUCCAGAUCUUGUGGAGAACUUCGACGAGGCGUCCAAGAACGAAGCCAACUGAUACCCUACCCCCCACCCCGACAGCCCCUGUGUGCGUGUACAUGGACUGGACUGAAAUAAAGCAAGCAAGCCACCGUCGCCCCUGUUUAAACUCUAGCUAUCAAGACAUAUCAAACACUAUCCCCACCAACCAGAGACUUUUCUAUAUUUUCUCGACGGCCCAAUGUAGUCCUUGUCAGACUGGCUUGUGCACAUAGAGGUGCCUAACUCCCUUACACUCAGUCAACGGUUCAGUAUUGACACCCAUUCGUCAGUCGUGGUCAGGAUCACAGUGGUCGUUAAAGCUAGUCUUAAGAAUUUUUUUUGUUGUUUGUUUAUGAAACAUAAUAAAAAACUGUUCAACGUUUUAAAGAUGUUUGCUGUGAUAAUUU